CGAUGAUCUGAGACUCGCUCUGGCCUUUAAUUUUUUGACUCUUUUUGAUCUUGCUUUGUUCCGGAUAUCGAGGAUAUAGGGUGAAUAUAUUCCUCGAUAUUCCUCUAUAUAACUCGUUUCCUAGCGUGCUCGGUCUGUCUUUUGCCCAGCUUUGGUGCAUUUUCCGUCAUAAGUGGAAUUUGCCAGCAACGGCAGCAGCAGACCCAGCAUCGAUACCACUUCAAGUGUCGCAUACCCUCCUAUCCAAUACCCUCACCUUCCACGACUCCAGUCCUUCCGUUUCUCUCUUUCUACACCGACAUGGACGUCUAUACAACUUCUUUUACUUAUCCACGCCGGUCGCGACACAUUCAUUCUCCCUCUUCAUCACUCGACUACGCGUCGGGCCCAGAGCUCAGAGGUGCACCAACAGAGCCUUUUCCUACCCCACACCUUCUCCAGCAGCAUGUAAACACUUCUAGUAUUCCUUCAGAGGCCGACACCGAGGCCAUCGCCAAGCUCGCCAUGCUUGCCGGCACUUUGCAUGGUUGUCAUGUCUCUUAUUUCUUGACUGACCAAGGUCGUGGCUGGAAUUUUCACAUUACUGGCUCGUACCAGCAGGUCAUGAUUACUCGCGGUAUGAUAUUAAAAGAGUGUCCUGUCCAACACCGCGCCGCCAUCAAGGUUACACGCUCAGAGAUCCUCGAUUCUCCUUCCUCGAAGCCUGCGCUCAAGCCGGAGGUCAGACGUCGACUCGACGACAUCGCUUCCCAGACUCUCGCCCACAUAGCCGUCGUGAAUAGCCCUCUGUCGCUCUCAAGUCGCACGCCCCCAGAUGGGAUCAGCAGCAGCGCUGGUUGGUCAGGGCUUGAGACAGAACGUAUAUGCGAGCUUGUCGUGACAGGGCCUGGGGACUCUGUUGACUUGGCCAGAGUUCGAUUGCUGGUCAUGCUUGACGAACUGAGUGGUCUCAAAUCCGAAAUGUGCGAGAUUGACUACAAACUCGUCUCUAUCAUCGCUGGAAAGAAACGCGCUGUGCUCCAGUCUAUUCAGGAAGAGACCGCUACAAACAUUUAUCUGCCUUCCCCGUUGCAGGGUCUGGUGGGACCUGAUAUCUCCCUUUCUCCGGGCACGACGGGCAGCUCCCGUUCGAGUAGUGUGAUCUGGAUCACAGGCGAGUUUUUUGGGGUGCAACGCGCACGAGACAUGUUGUACCAAGUGUCAGCUACGAAGAGCAAGUCGGUCAUUUCGAGGGACACCGCUAUUUUACCACGCAAGUUGGACUGGAUGGUGACAGACCGACCUGACGACCUCGAGUCUAUCAUGAGCGACAAUGCCACAUUCAUACAGUUCCCCCCUCUAGGUAGCUCAACCAGCCUCAUCACUGUCUUUGGGGACAGCCGUGUCAACAUCCAACGCACGAUUCGGUCCAUCAUGCAACUCGCCUGCAACUAUUACGUUGGAUCUUUCUGGCUUUUACCUGUUCAAUUCAAUGCGCUCUUGCCACCCACGACCCUGGGCGCUAACCAAGUUUCCACACUCCUCAAACAAAUUUCGAUUACGACUGGUGCGGAGGUCGUCUUCAAGAGCAUGUGCUUUGAGAUGCACGGUCUAGAGCAUGAAGUGAGAGCCGCAGUCAGCAUGGUCAUGGAACUGGAUCUCAUCAAAACUUUCCAACACGAGAUACGUUUUCAAAUCGAACUAUCAAAUGAGCACCGCGAAUUCAUUAGCGGGAAGAAGAACGGCAAAAUAAAUAAGAUUAUGCAGACGACUAAUGUUAAAAUCAAGUUCGAGACGUUUAACGACCACAACUUCCUCAUCGACAUCUCUGGACCCGACAGUUCUGUUUUGCAGGGACUCUCUCUCCUCCAAGAGGAGCUUCCAGCGGAAAUAUCCUUCCAUGUCCCCGAGGCUUAUCACAAACGCAUCAUCGGUGUCGGUGGAAGGAGCAUUCAGCGUAUUAUGAAGAAGUAUGGUGUAUAUGUCAAGUUCUCCAACGCUGAAGAGUUUGCUGCUUUGGGGGGCUAUAACGACAACGACGAUAAUGUUGUGGCAAGGACUCCGGCCAAAAAUGCCAUUAAUCUGGAUAAUCUCAAGCAGUCGGUGAUGGAGUUGGUCAGCCCUAAGGACAAGGACUUCGUCAAUGAAACGGUCGCCAUACCUCGGAGGUAUCAUCGUACACUUCUAGGGGAGAAAAGCAUCUUCAUUCGCGACAUCGAAACGAAGACGAACUCUCACGUCCGAUUCCCGGACAAGGAGACGGCAUCAGACAUCGUGACGAUAUUCGGACCUGAAAGUCAAGUUCAAAUUGCCGCUGCUAUGCUUUUGGAACACGUUCCAUUCGAAGCAGAUAUGGCCGUACCCUCGAGCUCUGAAAUUCCACGAAUCUGCAACUCACCCGAAUUUCUCACGUUCGCCGAAGGUAUCAAGCGUGAUUUGCAGGUAUCCAUUGUACCUAACCUCAAAACUGUUACUGCGAAUGGAACCUCUGCCUCCGAUGCGUCUCCAGAGUACACGUUCAAGUUCCGUUGCCAGCGGAGUAACAGCGACUUCCUCAUCACUGCCCGCGAGAUGCUUGAGCAGUUUCUGGUUAAUCACAAUAUCCACGUCUACCCAUCACCGACAUCUCACACGCAUAAACGUGGUGAUUCGUUUGCGGAAGCCUUCCCACACUUCGAUAGCAAGGUUCUUUCAGCAGCAGCCAAGACUCGAGUGGAGUCAGUCGAUCUUGGACGUUCAGAUCCUGUCCUUGGAGAUCGGCGAUUACGGCUGGCUAAUUCAUCUCCCGAUGUGAAAGCUCUCUUCAACUCGCCGGCGUACAUCUACAAUUUUGAAGAGCAUGAAGAUACCCAAGGCGCAUAUGGCCCUGGUCCUACGCUUGAGUAUUGGUCACCGUUACCCCCCAUUGGAUCCGGCAUACCUUCUCGCACACGCCAUACCGAGGAUGCUUUGAAACGAGGCUCGGACUCGCUACUCGAAGCAAAACUGAAAGAACAGAUAUCUAAACCCCGCUCACUGACGAAUCGGGCUCAAUCCCUCGACUUGACUUAUUCCCUUUCUCGAAUCACGGAAUCGUCGUCCGGUCUUCCACCCGACUCGCCAACAACAUCAACGGGCGACAAUGGUGGAAACUCGAGUCCGACAUCAGCCACUGCGCCAUCCUUCCCCAGUGUAUAUGGUCCACCUAUGUCGUCACGCUCUGCCGUCAUCGGUGUACCACAGAUGUCGGGCGGAGCGUAUGAAGCUGACGAUGUGGAUGCUGAAGCUUCGCGGAUGAUGUCAAAUCUGGGUUUAUGAUGUUCUGUGAACCCUUCUUCCCAGAAGACGGAGUCUGCAUAAAAAGCCGAAGAUAUAUCGGACAAUAUGUUCCUCGAUUCUACUUUACUAUCCUACAUUUUUACCCUUCGUCUUCACCGAAUACCGUUCGGUUUGUAUUUAAGUACC